CCCCGCCGCUUCCCUGCGCCCCGGCCUCCGCCGCGUCGGGAUGAGCCGCGCUUCCCCAUGGAGACCAAACGGGCCGAGAUCCCCAGCAGCGUCCUGGACGACCUAUGCAGCCGAUUUAUUUUGCACAUUCCAAGUGAAGAGAGAGACAAUGCAAUCAGAGUGUGUUUUCAGAUUGAACUUGCCCAUUGGUUUUAUUUGGAUUUCUACAUGCAAAACACACCAGGAUUACCUCAGUGUGGGAUAAGAGACUUUGCUAAAGCUGUCUUCAAUCACUGCCCCUUUUUACUGCCUCAAGGUGAAGAUGUACAAAAGGUUUUAGAUGAGUGGAAAGAAUACAAAAUGGGAGUGCCGACCUAUGGUGCAAUUAUCCUUGAUGAGACACUUGAAAAUGUUCUUUUGGUUCAGGGCUAUUUAGCAAAAUCUGGUUGGGGAUUUCCAAAAGGGAAAGUAAAUAAAGAAGAGGCACCUCACGACUGUGCUGCUAGAGAGGUGUUUGAAGAAACUGGGUUUGACAUAAAAGAUUAUAUCUGCAAAGAGGAAUACAUUGAGCUGCGAAUCAAUGAUCAGUUAGCACGGCUGUAUAUCAUUCCUGGAGUUCCAAAGAACACAAAAUUCAACCCCAAAACUAGAAGGGAAAUUCGGAAUAUUGAGUGGUUUUCCAUCGACAAAUUACCAUGCCACAGAAAUGACAUGACCCCAAAGUCCAAGCUGGGUUUGGCACCUAACAAAUUUUUUAUGGCAAUUCCCUUCAUCAGGCCAUUGAGGGAAUGGAUUUCCCGAAGGAAUGGAGACUCCUCAGACAGUGACAAUGGUUUUUCAUCUGCAGGGAGUGCACCCUCUAAGUCCAACUUGGAAAAAGCUAGAUCCAAACUUCGCUGUAGUCAGCAGGUGCUUACAGAUGGCGUUUCAGGAGAGCACUUGGUGAAGCCAAAACAGCCACAGAAGCCAUCUAAUCAUCCUGAGGUGUCUGAAGUUUUGAAAAUAAAGCAGAGCCAGAACCUGAAGAACAAUGGCAGAAAGCAAAAUCAAGACACUUCCAGCCAAAAGAAGCGAACAAAUGGACUGCACAGUCAACCAGUUAAGCAAAACAAUACCUUGAAAUGUGAAAAAAGGCUUAAUCCAAGAAGACUUCAAGAUAACUUUGAAACAGCAGAAGCAGCCUAUGAGAUGUGUUGCUCCAGCGAAGACGCACUGCCAGAACACGUAGAUGGACAUUCUAUGGCAUGCAAUGGCCAUUACAAAUUUGUUUUUUCAUCAAGAGCUUUCUUGAGUUUCAAGUUUGACCAUGAUGCCAUAAUGAAAAGUUUUGACCUCUGACAGCAAACUUAUUAGAAGUAAGAAUCAGACUUGCCUGUUGCAAUUGAGGGGGUUUCUUAUCCAGCCUUACUCUUUCUCAGGAGUUUUUUAUUUUGUUUUGUUUGUUUGUUUUUAAAUGCAAUGCAGGGACUGACGGCUGGUUUGGAAGGGUUUGUUCUCUUUGCAGUAUGGGAGUGGCAUAGUCAAGUGUUGCACUUUAAAUGCAGUCUAGCCUUUGUCCACAAAAGUACCUUUCCAAUGUUCAGUUCACUUGUUCCUAGCUGUGCAUUAGAGGGCAUUCUUUUUACUUGUGUUUUAUUUUUUUGUGGUUUUAAAUUUUUUUUUAUUGUAACUUGCUGUGUUUUUUGUAGAAUGUCAUUGACUUUUUUUUUAACUGUUGGAGUAUACCAGCUUGCUAACCUUUUAACUGUUCUGAUGUAAAUUAUUGGACUUGUUUGUCAUUAUUUUGUAGAACAUUGCAAUAUUAUGCAGUGGCAAUGAACUAAUACUCAGAGGACACCUCUGUCCUAGUGAUUUUGAAACCAAGUUGCACAUUUCAAACCUAGUCUCAGCCUGUCAUCCUUUCUCUAUACUGAUUGUUUGCCACAGAUACCUUCCCUCUUUCACACUGAUAGUUUUUGUUGGCGGGCAAUCACUAGUACUUGAGUCAAAUCUAUAGCAUGUUGACUUUUUGUACCUACUCUUCCUUGGUCUUCAAUAAUGACACUCAAACUGGGUAAAAUUCAGCCCUUCUAAGUGUCUAACUUAGCUCAUGUGCACUGCCCACAGCUGCAUAAGCAGUUACAAAGCAGCUGCUUGUGAAAAAAAGAGAAGCUUAAACUUUUCUGUGAGAGGUAACUUAUGUAGAAUUUAUACUGAAUGUAAAUAAGCCACUGAACAGCUUAAUCAGGCUUCCAAUAACUAUUCCAAGGGUGUUCAGUAUUGUAUUCUGUGCUGUUGUCUUCAGAUCUCUUGUGUAGUGUAUCUGCUCUGUAUAUAUCAAGUAGUAUUGAAUUGCACUUGCAGUUAGCAUUUAAAUGAUCUAGCUUCAGUUAUUUUCAGCUACAGUGCUUUCUUAGGAAAAACAUGAAAGAUGGGGUGGGGAUGGAGAGGAGGAACAAAAAACCUGUAAGAUUUUUGUGAUGAGGGUGAUGAGUAUUACAUCACCUGCAAGUCAGUGGGUUUUGAGCAUCUGCGUUGCAGUGGAGAGAAAUGCACUGGAAUAAUUUGUCACAGCAGCUUGUAAUAGCAAGCAUGUCCCAGAUUUAAAAAUGGACUUUUCUCUAGAAUAGAGGUAAUUGAUAACUUGAUAGGUUGAAUGAACUACACCCUUGUAGUGUAUCUACAUGCACUGAGUUUUUAUGCAACUCAUAUAUGUCAUCCAAAACCAAAAUCCUGGUCUUCCUUCAACCACCCUACUUCAUAUACCCUACCUAGUGUUUUCUUCAGAAAUAGCUUUAGAACUUUCUCCUGGGUUAUUCACCUGCCUGGCACCGGGUGAUUUGGAACUCUAGUGCUGUAAUAAUUUUGGCCAUGGGAGUGUUCAACUUCUGUAUCAGUCAACAGGAGAAAUGGACUACAGCAUUUCCUCCUUCUGGAGGACAAGGGUUCUGAGGGCCUUGUUUUUCAAGACCAAAUUGUGAAAUAGCUCAAAUAGCUUUGACUCACUUUUCUUUUGUUUUUUCUUAAACGUAUCCAAAGGCCAUACAAUGACAAAGAAGAGUAAUUGAGAGGGUAGGAUUAUGCUGGAGGAGGUUACAUUAUUCAGCUUCAGGUGAAUACUAAUCUUUAGUUACUUCUUUGUGCUAUUUUAGUUGAUUUCCCAGCAAAAGUGCCUUUACUCAUGGUGAGGCAGAAGUUUGUAUCAUAUCCUGAGGCUGCUACUGCCUGUGGAGCUACUAGGACUCUCCUAAGGCAUAAUUAAAUAACAGGCUGUGGAAAUCCUUUUAUAAAUAAGUUGACUUUUCAGAUAAAUUAGUAAUAGAUAAUUUAGUGCUCUGUGAAAUAAUGGGGAUGUUGAUGAAACAGUGAACUUGGAGCAUCUGUUUGGGAAGUCCUGUCCCAGGCAAGAAAUCUUUAGAACAAUGGAAGCAUGUUCUAUGAAUAGGACGUGCUGGCUGCCCUCUGUUUACUGUGUAAUUUUUUUCUUCUUAGUGAAAGGUUGGUUCAGUAUGAGACAUUGGUUGCUUCAUUAAGCAACCCAAAGUGAAGCUUAUACAUAUGUCAUUCAUUCUAGUAAACCUAGCCUUAAUGUGAGUUGCAAAUAAAUGUGAUAAAUAUGCAAUAACUUACUUCUUUGUAUAAGGGUACCGUUUCCUGUAGUAGCAUUGCUUUCUGCUUUCUUAGUAAGGUUUGUCCUAAAACUAUAUAAAUGUGGUGGCAUGUGAUCUACUUGGUGGAUCCACUUGGCUCCAACAUGCCCUGCACCGUGAACAUUUUGUUUACUGUUGUUUAUGUUCUUAUUUCAACAUCCCUUUAGAAUUGUAUUUCUAAGUUUAGAAGUACUGUUUACAUUAUCCUCCAUAAAACAGUGAAGAAAUAUCAAGUGAGAUACAGGCUUCAGUUCUGUGAGUUUUUACUUUACAGGAGCUAGACACAGGGAAAUAUUAACUGUUUGCAUGUCUGACUCAAGAGCUGGUGUUGAGAUACUUGAAAAACAAACACUGUCAAUUUGAGAAUGCUGCCAUUUUAGGGGUUAUUCAGAUGAUGAAUGGUCAGUCAGUGUUCUUGGAAUCAACUUGCAGAGUAAACCAAUAUUUAGCAAAAAACCCUACAGCUGUGUGGUGCUAGGAAUCUGGUACUAGUGUGCUGUUUCUAGUACUACAUCAACUCCCUGCUUUAGCAUGAGGUUUUUAGCAUCUCUCCUCAGAAUGCUUCUAUUACUUUGACCUUGGACUGAAGAGUGGCUGGCCCAGUUAGUUAAGUGACUGAAGUGCUGCUGACUUCAGCUCCUUGAUGUACAUCAAUCAUCCAGCUUUUGAAAGUAACUGUGUCUUGCAUAGUUUGAAGCCUGGCAACAGUGGUUCUGGGAAGCAGAGGGGGAAAUAGCUUUAUUUAUUGCACAAUCAGAGUAUUAUUUUUUAACACAAUGUAAAUUCUUUAGACCAAACAUACAUAAAUUGUUUCUAAUGAAAUUUUGGGCCUAAUCACUGUUCCAGGCUUCUGUGCUGUGUUUCAACCUUGCUGAACUAAUUUGGUGAUUUGAGAACAAUACUUAGUAGGUGAUUUUCUUUCACCUACGUGUGAAAGAGAACUGUUACAGAUGUAACAGUUAUUUUUAAAAACAAGGCAGGCUUCGGGUCUGGCUACUUCUAAGGUACUUGCUCUCAGAUUGUAAUUUCAAAUAAGAAUACAGUUCAUCCAACCUUUACUUAAUGUGGUGAUUUGCUUUUGCACUUAGUUAUGGUGUGAAGAGCAGAGUCUACAUUAAGAAUCCAAACUCCAAUAUCCUGUGGUGCACGACAGCACUGCUGCUCCAGGGGUAACUGGCUGCCCAGUUGUGGGGUUAGUAGGCUGCUUAAUCCUCAGAUACUUGGGGUUUUAUACAAAUUCUGAGCAACAGGUUUCUUUUCCAGAGGUAAAGCCAGGUGCCUUCAUGUUUGAAGUUAGGAGGUUAUAUUCUAAACAUGUUAGGAAGCUCAUAGUUAUUGAUAAUUAGUAGAAUAGUCUCUCUUGUUGAUAUUGAUUUCUGUAAAUAAACCAAUUUUAAGUCUUGCACUGUAAAUGUUAAAUAAUCUGGUGCUUAUACACAACUUCAUAAUUUCAAAUUGUUUUUGUUAUUACAAUAUUUCAGCUUUUGAAACAACCAAAAUUAUUUAAGAUGUGGUAAAUUUAUACAAACUAACUGAAGGUGCUUUUACAGUAAACUAGACUUAGAAACUCUUCCAUUAUAGGUUUUUGUUCAUAUGCAUUUAUAGCAAUAGUGUAGUCAAGAAUGGAAGUAGGCUAAAUGCUAGUAUUUGCACUGUUCUUAAUCCCAUAUGUAAGCACUGAUAGAUGCAGUAGUAUUUGUGCUGUGUGUGCAUUUCACUUUUUCAUGUAGCUUGUGAACUUAAAAGGAAGUCAACAUUAAACAAUGACAUUGGCCGUAUUCAAGAUUGUACCAGAGGAACUAUUCCAGAUUGGUAGUAGUACAAUAAAACAAAAUACUUGGGGUUUGUCUUUCCAUUGAAAAUGUUAGGUUCAGCAAGACUUAACGUUUUGUGCAGAUUCAGCUUUACAGAAUAUAUUUAAAUUGUUCUCAGCUCUGGCUGCUUUUGGGAAGUCAAAUCUGUCUUCAAGUCCUCCUUCAAUACUUCCAGGAAAUAAAAAGCUUCCUUUUAAGUAAUUGUUAACAUUUCAGAAUGUUUAAAUUUGGAAAGGUCUCUAUGGAGAUUUUACUGAAAACAGAGUAUUUUGUAAUUUCUAAGCAUUUAUAUUGUUGAUCAGAAGAACUAGCUUCUAGUUUCCAGUAUGGGUUCAGUGCCUUUAAGAAAAUGAUUAUAGCUCAUAGAGCAUUAAUCAUUUUAAAAUAAGGCAUUCAUAGCUUUUUAAGAAAACAUCCUGCAAACACAGUUCUCUAUGACACAUUUCCAAUGGUGAGAAGAAUUUUGCAAAUUUUUUUAAGCAUGUUUGAUCAAAAUUACUAAACUAUGGGGAUGAAAUUUGUAUCUUACUGGUUGGGUACAUAAUUUUGUUAUGCAGAAAUGUAUGGAAAACCACAUGAUUAAGAGCUCUCAGCAAAUACUUCUCACGCCAGUACUUGCAACGGAACUUUAGAGUGUCUGCAUGGCACUGCGCUAUGUGGAAGUUUAACCUAACCCCUGAGGAGCAGUUUAGCUGGGUUUGCAAGGCACUUUUACCAUUAAAAAGCAAAACAGACCCCCCAGAAGAAGGUGUGGGGUUGUUAAUCCAGGCAGAAUGCUUGACUGGUGUUCAUGUUCCAGGACCCAGACUUGGGCAUUGCUUCCAACCGAUGACACUUCAGGGCAGCACUGCAUGCCUCACAGAAAACAGGAGCCAGUGCUUUGUGGUGUGGCUCAGGCAUGAAGGGUUAUGUCUUCCUCCUGUGUGUUAAAGCUCAAGAACUCGACCUGUUUUCCCCUGUGUAAGUGGCACAUCAGUGCUCACUCGAGUAGAAGGUUCGUACAGCUAAAGAGUUAAAAUCAUACAGAUUUUAUACAACUUCCGUUAUGGUCUUUGGAAGGAAGUUUGCAUUAGUCAGCUCUUCAGUUGUAUUAAGUAGAAUCUGUAACUACCUGUAACAUCUGCUGUACUGAUGAUUGUGAUUUUGUUUGUUAUAAAUUGAUUCAAAACUGAAGCACACCAUUAUAGGAGACUAUGACUAAGUUAACAUUUUCUUCUAUAUUGUUAUUUUUUCCUCUGUAAAAUUAAAUUACUUUAUAAAUAAACAUAUUGAAUACUGAAGUAUGACAAUAA